CAUAUUUGCGAAUGACGUCAUUUUUUGUUUGUGGCGCAACAGUAUAAUUUUAAGAUUUUGCAUUGUUAAACUUUAUUAUAAACUCCAACAAUGGAUUCUGAUGAAGAAAUGGAUAAUGUACCAUCGUGGAGAGGUGUUCCUGGCUGCAUAGUGCUCAUCAAUGUCUACGAUCCUUCCAAAUACGGCACGGCAAAAGCCGCACAUGCAGCGACUUGUUCGCUGAUCCGGCAAACUCUGAGAUCAGCAAACUCGAACCAUAUAGGUAUUUGUUUGUAUGGCACAGAAGAUUCAAACUCCUCCGCUUUUGGAAUAAAAAGCGUCGUUGAUGUUUGCCCAUUGAACACUCCCUCGCUGGAAGACUUCAAGAAACUCCGAAGUUUGGAAAUAAACACUUUAAAGCAGGCAAAGGAGUUUAAAAUGUCUGAUGUUUUGUGGCACUGCAGCAAAAUGUUUGCAAACUGUAAGAAACUACUAUCUUCUCGCACAGUUUUAAUUCUGUCCAGGCUCGACGAACCUCCAAUAGCUUCUGAUCAGAAACCGACUAUCAAAAGAGUUAAUGACUUAGUAGAUUCUAAUAUUGAAGUAAAGUUUGUGAACAUCUCCCAAUUGGAAUAUAAAAUAGAAAAGUUCUAUGAAAAUUUCUUAUUUGAAGCAAGUAAAGGGAAGGGUGUUAUUAUUCCAAAAUCUGUUUGGGAGUGUAAAGAUGUUGAAAAACUAAUGUAUCAACAAACAGACAGGCAUCUUGCUGUUGCCAAGCUCAGCUUUGUUAUUGGUGAUGGACUCUCAAUUGGAGUAGGAGUCUAUAACCUUAGUAAAACUCAUCAAUAUCAAAAAACUACAGCUCUGCAAAGGACAGACAAUACUAUUUUAACAAGAGUCACUAAAACUGUAAAGGUUACUCAGAGACCAGAUAGCAGUGAAGCCAUGGAUGUAGAUGAUGAUGGAACUGUUCAAAUGCCAUUGUUGAAAUCAGAACUACUGCAUUAUCAGGAAUAUGGGGGAGAGAGAGUAGAAUUCACUGACCAUGAGAUGAAGGCAUUAAAGAAUCCAUUUGGCCCACCUAUGAUGAAGCUACUAGGGUUCAAACCAUCACAUGUGCUUUGCAAAGAGAAGUGGUAUUUAAAGCCUUGUCACUUUCUGUUCCCCAAUGAAAGUAUUAUAGAAGGCUCUACUGUAGCAUUUAGAGCUCUUUAUCAAGCAUGCUCAGAGAUGUCCAUGGUGGCCAUUUGUGUGCUAUGCACCAGAGUCAAUUCUAAGCCAAAGAUUGUAGCACUGUCCCCAAGUUCCAAUCCCUUGGGCAAUGAUGUUGAAAUGGGCUUUGAUGUCAUUCAGCUUCCAUUUAUGGAAAAUGUAAGAAAUGCACCAAUCAUUAAUGAGGAUGAAGAUCGUAAGGUGUCCAGUGUUGACAAGUCUUUUAUGAAAGAUGUAUUGAACACAGUAAAAUGUGAGUACCAUCCCAGUAUGUUUGAAAAUCCAAAAACACAGUCUUUGAUGCGAGCUGUUGAAGCUGUUGCCCUAGAAGAGGAUGAUGUUGAACCAUUUGAAGAUACAACAAAGUCCAAGCCAAAAGUGUUUGAAGAUGUUAAAGCUGAUUUAUUUGAAGAAAUCUUUGGGCCCUUUGAUCCUAUGGCAACAAAAAGACAUGGACCUUCUGGCUCUGGACCUGCAGCAAAGAAAGCUAGAUUAGAAGGCAUGGAUCCAGAGGCAAUACUUAAACAUAGAUUGACCAAUAAUGAAGUGAAAGACUAUACAGUGAAAGAGUUAAGAGAGCUCUUGAAGUCUAAAGACACACCAGCCGUAACUGGCUUGAAGAAAAAUGAGCUUGUUGAUUUAGUAUACCAGUGUUAUGCUGAUUAUUGAUUAUUAAGAAUUUGUUUUGUUGAUCAAAAUUAUUUUGUAAUAAAACUUGUGAAAUAUG